AUGCCGACUUGUUAUUGGUCAGUGACGACCUUUGAGAUGGCAUGGCGGCGUUCGACGCGCAAUGCGCAUGCGCACGUCGCGAACGCGGUCAGUAGGUUGCGUUCCGACCUCGUGACGUGCUGUCGUGAUCGUGAGAGGUUUGGCUUCGGCUUUGGCAGAAUCUCGGGUCGAUUCAACGGCGAAGGAGGUGCAGUCAAUCGUCGAUGCUAUCUCGAGUUACAAGUGCGCAAAAUGGCGCCGACGCGUGUAAUUCUGAUGUCGUGCGGCAGCUAUAAUCCACCGACAAAUAUGCAUCUGCGAAUGUUCGAAAUUGCUCGAGAUCAUUUACAUCGAAUGGGAACACAUAUCGUUGUUGGUGGAGUGAUUUCUCCAGUGAAUGAUGCAUAUGCCAAGAAGGAACUAGCCAGUGCAACACAUAGAUGCGAAAUGUUGCGAUUAGCAUUGCAGAAUAGUGAUUGGAUUCGACUGAGUACAUGGGAAACUAGACAGAACUGUUGGACCAAGACUCGCUUGUCCUUGCAACAUCACCAAAAUCUGCUCAAUUCUAUGCUAUGCAAUUCCAAUGAUAUCAAACAUCACAUGCAGAUGGAUGACACAGAAUGGAUUCCAGAAAAUGUUAAAAACAGUUCAGAUAAUACACCAAUACAAAUUAAAUUACUAUGUGGUGCAGAUCUUCUGGAAAGUUUUGGUAUUUGUGGACUUUGGCUUGAAGAAGAUAUUGAUGCUAUUGUUGGUGAGCAUGGUCUUGUGGUUAUUACUAGAGAAGGUUGCAAUCCGAACAAAUUUAUCUAUGACUCAGAUAUUCUCUCCAAACAUAUGCACAAUAUUUGCAUUGUAACUGAAUGGAUACCAAAUGAAGUCAGUUCGACGAGAAUUAGGCGAGCUCUGAAACGCAGUCAGAGCAUCAGGUAUCUGCUGCAAGACUCUGUCAUUGAUUACAUUUACAAGCAUGAAAUUUACGAUGCAAGAGCGCCAAAUACAACAAUUAAGUUGGAACUGCCGUCACCGAAUGCGAACAAUUACCUGCACAUAGAUCCCCGAUAUCUAACCGCGUUCCUAACGCCGUCACCCAGCGAUGUGACUAUGGACUCGCCGAGCCCGAUUGAGAUUGCCGCGUCCAUCGACGUGCCGGACGCGGUGGUGCUGCGCAAAAAUCUGCAGAAUACGGGCAGUGGUGGCGGGCUCGACGAGAUUCGCGAACACAUCUUAAAUGCGAUCAGCAACAACGUCGACAACGGUAACGUCAAGCAUGUAGCUAGAGCCGCGUAUCCCGGUCAGGCGAAACAGAUCAUCGCCAGCGAAACCGGCGUCAUGCGAAUUAUAGACGAGGUAGGUCCGCUUGACGAACCGACGGCGAAGUUUCAGUCUGGUUCUUCGUUAGAAGAGGGCUAUAAGCCGAGAAUAAAUAGUGUCGCGAGAGAUAAAGAAAAAGAAGGGUCAGAUCUGAAAUCUGAUGCUGCAAAUUUAGGUUCGAAUGAAAUAAUAAUGCAGAUUCAGGCUAGCCAGUUGAGUUCUAAUGAACCAACGUCAAUAGAAGAUUGUAAAUUAUUAAUAGAAAGUAUAGGUAAGGAUAAAAUUGAGAUUGGACAGAGAGAAGUGUCAGAUUUGAGAUCCAAGACGGAAAUUGCUGUUGUAGAUUUAGGUUCGAAUAACGAUCGCGAAAUAAUAAUGAAGAUUCAACCUAGCCAGCCGAGUUCUAGCGAACUUCGACUGGGAGAAUGUUGUUGGCCCACAAGAGAAAGCACUGCGGAUGAUAAAAUUAAAAUUGAUCGAAAAAUAACUUCUGAAAAAGAAAUAAUCGAUGUAGAACUAGGAUUAGAUCAUAAGAUCACUCUUGCCCCGAAGGAAAAACCGAUAGUAGAUGCGAUCAGUGAUAGAAUAGAUGCGGACCGAUCUAGUAUUAGCAAAAUUAAAUUGGAAAAGAGUCCCGAGAUGACGGUUAAAAGUGUUGCGAAGGAAAAAGUUGAUAUUGGUACCAAAAAAAUUAAUUCUAAGAAAGAAAUAGUCGAUGUAGAAUUAGAUUUCAUUGACGCUAAUGAUGAUGUUGUGAAGGUUCAGCCUGUUCAUUCCAAUCAUAGUAUCGUUAGAUUACAGGAAGAUCAUAAGUUAAUGAUAGAAAAACUUACGAACGAGCUCAAAAGUAAGCUCGACGAGGAAAGAAAUAAGUCCAAGGAAAAUUUACAGCUGGAUAAGGUAGGUAAAAAUGAUACAGAAUUAAGUAGACUUAAUUCUGAAAGGAAGAAUAUUGAAAUUAUUUCCGCGAAGGAAAUAGCUAAUCUUGAAUUGGAUAAAGUCGGACAUCUAGAAACUAAAGCAACCACUUCUUCACUAAACAUCUCUGCAUCAUUAGAUGGUCGUCAUGAGUGCGCUCUCUCCGAUUUCAGCGUAGAUAAGGAAGAUUAUCGAUUAAAUCAAUAUGGUUUCAACGAUGAAGAUGAAGAGGAAAAAGAAUCUGUAUAUAUUGCCAGAUCAAGUUUGAUGAAAUGCAACGACCAAAGAGAGGAUAAGCUAGACGAAUUUGUAAGCGAUAACAAGACUAAUGCCAAAGAAAAUAAUAUUCAAAGCAGUCAAGUAUUAGUCAGCGCAAUGAUUCACGAGAGUCACGAAAAAGGAUCUGACUAUUUCACGACCGAAGAGAUUGAUAAUCGUAAAAAAUCUGCCAAAGAACUAGACCAAUCAAAAUUUGUCGUGGAAUGGUCUCAAACUGAGAUGGAAGCGAAAGAAAAGGAGGUCGACGUUGAAGACAGAGAACAAUCCGAAGAAGUAUCACAGAUCUCGCGAGAAAUUGAUCAAGUAAGCAGAAUGGAUGAGUUUGAUACGCAUUCUUCGGAAAGACGAACUACAUCUUGCGACUCAAGUCUCGAGAUAGACGGAAAAUAUCUCAAAUCGAUAGUAAACUCGCGCAAGAGUCCAAGAAAGGUCAGGGUAGAUCAGAUUCGUGAUUUUGAAUUUAAGGAACAAUAUACAUUCAUUGAUGAACCAGAGGCGGUUCAAUCUGAAGAAUUGCAAAGUUCUUCCACAAAGACGAAGAGUUCCGAAAGAAUCAAGGAGGAACAAAUUUACGAUAUAGAUGUUGAAAAGAAAGAUAAAAUUUUUGAGAAUCAAGAGUCUUCUCGUGCAGAAAAAGUCUUCCAAGGCUCUUCAAGAUCGGCUUCCGUAAAGGUUAAAAGUCCUAAAAAAAUCGCAGAAUCUCAAGUUGAUGAAGGCGAGCGCGAAUUCAAAGAUCGAGAUAGAUCCAUUAAUGUUCGAGAAACAUCUCGCGCAGAAAAAGUCUUCCAAAGUUCUUCAAAAUCAGCUUCUAUAAAAAAUCCUAAAAAAGUCGGAGAGAUUCAAACCGACAAAGAUGAAUGCGAAUUCAAAGAUCAAGAUAAAUUUAUCAACGAUCGAGAAUUAUCUCAAGCUGAUAAAGCUUCUCAAAAGUCUUCAAGGACAUCCAUAAGCGCGAAGAACCCCAAAAAGAGCAAACAAAGCCAAAUAUUUUACAGAAGCGACGAAAUGAAGAAUUACGAUCGAUCUAUCAAUGAUCGUGUUAUUUCUCAAUUGGAGGCAGUUUUCCAGGAUUCUUCGAAGAAAUCUUCAGCAAAGAUGGAAAUUCCCAAGAAAAGUCCUGAAAACUGCAUCGAAUUGAAAAAACAAACUCGAUCUGCGGAUAAUCGAGAAUCCUUUCGAUCUGAAGAAUUUUCCCAGCAUUCUUCCAAAACGUCUUCCACAAAGAGUCCGAAGAAGACUCCGGAUCAAAAGAUCGUGAGACUGAACGAUAAAACGCAACAAGGACAAGAAACAAUAAAAACGACGAAAGAUGCCGACAAUAGAACGAAACGUGACUUCAACGAGAUCAAGGAUGUGUAUACGAGGAAGGUACGACGUUACAACGUACCUCUUCAGGGUAGCUUAGACUCGAUGAUCAUGUCUGACGAAGCGUCCGCGCAAAAGCCGAAGAAGGACGAGGCAUUUUCAAAAAAGUCGAAGAGCUACGAGUCGAUCAAACGCAUUCAGGAGGUGUUUCUGGGCGUACCGUCGACGAAGACGAACAAUAGUGCUUCGCAGCUCGACAUUCCGGACGAGUUCUGCUCGAUCUGCUGUUACAUGAAUGAGAUCACCUUCCGAACAGAAGAGGAAGUGAGCAGUCCGAAUCAGGAGACAUUCUACACGCUUAGGUCGACCUGUAGCUCGCUAGCUGAUGACGACGACGAGGACAACGAUUCUAUUGAAUGCGACAUCUGCGGUUCGUUUAAUCUCCAAGAGUCCACUGACGACCUCGAGGACAAAAUUCAGGAGAUUCCUUGCGAACUUUGCAGAAUUUGCGGCGAGGUGGACGGUAGUUUUGAUCAGGAUUCCAUGCCGAUAGAUAGAUACGCUUUCAAACUCGUUGAGCAUCAGGACGAUGACGAUAGUUUCGAGAUCGAGAACUGCGGCUUUCAGAGCGGCACCGAAUCGGCUGACGAUAGAAGUAGGCUGUCGGAAAAGGAAAAGAUCAAAGAUGCCGGAAGACCAAAAUCGCAGUCCUUAUUCAUCCAUGGUUCCUCGAUGAUCAAGGAUCAGCCACGAGAGUUAUACUUUAUACCCAAAGACGAAAUCGCCAUAUUGACGAGCGGAGCCAGAAGAAUCGGUCGCAAAGGUUCUUUAUUUAGAAAGAAGGAGGAUUUCGAUGGGAGUGCUCGAGAUAAAAGACGAUACUCUUCAGUAGAUAGUCUUCAAUUGGCGAAAAUGUCUCCGAAGGCGGGCGACAAAGCGCUCAAGACCACAAAAGAUUCGACGCUGAUUGGAUCUGCUGAUAACUUGCGGAUAACAAAAGAUUCAAGGAGAUCCAAGUCUCUGCAAAGAUCGACCGAUGACGUGGACCGUUUAAAUUUGUCUACGGAUAAUCUAAACUCGAUGGAAAAUUUGGAAAAGGUAAGCGAAGCUGAAGGGUCGGCCGAGAAAUCAAAUAUCCGAGAUAAAGAAGCGGUGAAGAUGAUUCUUACGCAACACGGAAUCAAGGUCAUUAGCGAGAAGGAGACUGCCUUAUAACUGGCUGAAUAAAAGCUCAUAAAUGGCUCGAUUUGGUAAAUAUUUUGAGCAAUUUGAAUGUUAAACAUUAUUAAACAUUAAUUGAAAAAUUCAUUAUGUGUGAGGCGGAGAACGCAUUAAUGGCUCGUAUCAAAUGAUAUACAAUCUUUAUAAAGGAAAAAAAAUUGUUUUUUGAUUUACGUAAACACCGAAUGAAUAAUUACGAAAAAGAUACGCAAAAGUUUUCUGUAGUGAUUUAGA